UCCCGUAGCUCGAUCUCCCCAUCUCUCCCCGUGUGGUCGGAGCGCACUGCGGCGGCGGCGGCGGCGGCGGCGAGCGAGAGGAGAGCGAGCGGUAAGAGGGGAGGGGAGAGAGCCGAGGAAGAUGAGCGGGAAGAAGGUGGCGGAUUUUGCCUUCAAGGCCGGGAAGACGAUCGACUGGGAUGGGAUGUCCAAGAUGCUCGUCUCCGACGCGGCGCGCAAGGAGUUCAACGCCCUCCGCCGCGCCUUCGACGACGUCAACCACCAGCUCCAGACCAAGUUCUCGCAGGAGCCCCAACCGAUUGACUGGGAGUACUACAGAAAAGGAAUUGGCUCUAAAGUUGUGGAUAUGUACAAGGAGGCUUAUGAAAGUAUUGAGAUCCCCAAAUAUGUUGACACUGUGACUCCUCAGUACAAGCCAAAGUUUGAUGCGCUGCUUGUUGAACUGAAAGAAGCAGAAAAGGAGUCUCUGAAGGAGUCAGAGAGGAUAGAGAAGGAGCUUGCUGAAUUGGAGGAGAUGAAGAAAAAGAUCAGCACAAUGACAGCCGACGAAUACUUUGAGAAGCAUCCUGAACUCAAGCAGAAGUUCGACGACGAAAUCCGUAACGACAACUGGGGCUACUGAAGAGUGGAGGAACUCUUAUUUCCCUUUAUUGGAAGCGCUAAUAAUUUUGUCUUGUGUCCCAGUAUGAUGUAUGUAUAGGGGAAUCCACUAUCCCAACAGUGGUGGUUUCCAUACCAUGUGGAUGGGGCCUGUUGGAACUUCCCAACUGAAUCUACCGUGUCCGUGUUGACAUUCCAACUGAAUUUGCUUGUGUUGGACCUCUUCAUUUUCUGGAGGGUUUGAUCCAGUAAGAAGGUCAUGUUUCAUUGUUUUGUGUUCUUCUCCCGUUUUACAUGAAUAAAAGAUGAUCAGUUUAAUUGUUGGAAG